UGAACACGUCACCGUGUAAAGCAACCAGCAACUGGUCCUUCAUAUUUGCUUUACACUGUGAAAGUCUCUAGGAACGGAACAAAUCAGCAUUAUCGCUGGAGCGGAUGACCUCAUUCUGAGAUACGCUGAGCUGCGCUUAUAUUGCAUCGGGCUGAAGCCGAUCAAAACUUGUUACCCGCAGCCGCUGUUGAUGGAAUUACUAAUAAAGGCCCCUGGCAUCCAGCUCUUCCAAGUAAAAUGUCUUCUGGGCAGACGCUUGCCCAGAUGAAUCUCACGUGUUUAUGGCUUGAGACCAUACUUUAUGGAAUCAAUUGCAUAUUAUUCGGUACAUGCGUUUACGUCAUCUCAAUCAAGAGUCCAGCCUACAGUAGGAUUCUGCUCUGUGCUACCUCGUUUCAAUUUGCUCUGGCAACUACACAUGUGAUAUUGAUGUUUGUACAAGCGAUGAUUGCAUUCACAGACGCGACGAAUGCUAUUACCCCUGAUGGGGCAAACUUUUACUAUGCAGCUACCGCAGGAAACCGUGUUUUCUUAUUCUGUCAGUUAAUCUAUAUUUUCAAUGUAUUUACUCAAGAACUGCUUUUGAUAUGGAGACUCUAUGUUGUCUGGAAUCAGAAUAUCAAAGUUUGCAUUGUACCGCUCAUUAUGUGGGUAGCCCACUGCGUCACCGCUUCUAUCGCCGUCGCCUUGCUCGCGCCUAAGCACACCAACAUCUUUUCGCAUACUUUUCGAGCCUUCGCAUUGUCUGGAUGGUCACUCGAGAUGGUCUUAAAUGUCACGGUAACUACUGGUAUCGUAUACCGUAUCUGGCGGACAGGAAAACAGACAGCUGCUCUGACCACCGGCGGCAGCGGCGGCUUCAGGUACAAAAGCACCAUUAUAACGAUCGUCGAAUCUGGGGCGCUCAUCACAACAUGUACAUGUGUGAUAUUCCUUUUAUGGGUAGCGGGUAAUGUUUCAGGGUUAGUGGCAGUCGAUAUUGCAAUGCAAGUCGCUACAAUGACCCCUCUCCUCAUUAUCGUCCGCGCCGGUCUUAAACGCUCUCAUUCCAGUCUUCAAGUCGGAUCAUCCGGGAGACAAUCAUUAUCCUACCCUAGGUCUUUGGAAUUCAACGUCGCUACAGUCAACGAUCACCCAAUGGACGACAUCUCUCAAUGUAGCAGUAGAGGAAAGGAUUAGGUGACAGAGAGAUGUUGGUCUCCGAGACUGCAGUUGAUGUGGAAGAUAUGGAGUUGCUGGUUGGGUUAGCUUCGCGCAAAUGACGCCGAUAGGUAUGAAUGUUAACGU